AUGACCACCAAGGCUGAAAGCAUCCACGAAGAAGAGAUGUCAAACAUGGAAGAAGGUGAAAGUGUAACCAAUUGCAUGCAAUUAUGUUGUUCAUCAAACUAUGUAGUAACCUUGGCACAGAAGGUGAUUGCGGAAGCAAUAGGGACAUAUUUUGUGGUAUUUGCUGGGUGUGGUGCUGUAGCAGUGAAUAAGAUAUAUGGCUCUGUCACGUUUCCAGGCAUUGCCAUAACAUGGGGUCUGAUUGUUAUGGUCAUGGUUUAUUCUGUUGGUCAUGUCUCUGGAGCUCACUUCAACCCUGCUGUUACAAUCACUUGUGCCAUCUUUCGCCGAAUCCCUCUUAAAGAGGUGCCACUGUACAUUGUAGCUCAAUUAGUGGGGUCUUUACUAGCUAGUGGCACAUUGGUCCUCCUUCUUGAUAUUACACCAAAGGCUUAUUUUGGAACCGUACCAGUUGGAUCCACCAGCCAGGCCUUGGUUGCCGAAAUCAUCAUCACCUUUCUCUUGAUGUUUGUCAUCUCUGCCGUUUCCACGGAUGAUAGAGCGGUAGGUCACUUGAGUGGAGUUGCAGUUGGAAUGACCAUAAUGUUGAAUGUCUUCGUUGCAGGGCCAGUGUCAGGAGCUUCGAUGAACCCAGCAAGAAGUAUUGGUCCUGCUCUUGUGAAACAUGUUUACAAAGGGUUAUGGGCAUACAUAGUUGGUCCAAUUGUUGGAGCCAUAGCAGGAGCAUUUAUUUAUAACUUUCUUAGAGCCAUAGACAAACCAAAAAGGAGAGAAGAGAUAGGCAAUUCUUAA